CUUCGAGUCACUAAUUUGCUGCUCCCUUCAUUCUGUUUCUCUAAUGUCUGGUUUCAUACAACUGACUUUACCGCGUUUAUGGAGAACUAGAUCGAGGAAUGCUUAUGGUGUGUGCCAGGUUGUAGAGGAGCAGUGCAGAGAUGACCACAUCAAAGGAAGGCAUGACCUCUCUUAUCGACAAGACCAUGAGGAUGAGGAGGGAGGAACAGGCACGGCAGGUGGUUCUGGCCUGGGCAGUGCUGAAUGUGUCAUUUGCAGGGAUGAUCUAUACAGAAAUGUCUGGAAAGCUUCUCAGCAGAUACUACAACAUAACCUACUGGCCCAUCUGGUAUAUCGAGCUCGCUCUGGCCUCCCUGUUCAGCCUUAAUGCGCUUUUUGACUUCUGGAAGUACUUCAAGUACACCAUGUCCCUUUCCAUCAUCGGUGUCAGUCCAGAGCAGCAUCGACUUCUGGGGCUCACAAGCUCAGGGAUUCAGGCCUCUCCACCUCAGAAACAAGAGAAGGAAGCUCCUGUCUCAGUCCAGUCGUCACCUCUGCAGGGACAGAACGUGCUUUGCUUUAGCCCUUCACGUCCUUCAAGCACCAGCCCCAAAUAUUCCCCCAUCUGUGUGUCUGGGUAUAGUCCGCCUCUGAGCAGCCCCUCCUCAUCAGGAGGACCCUUUUCACCUUCCAUGGCUUUUGGCAAGGUGUUGAACUAUAGUCCAUCUCCGAGUUCCUCUCCAUACCCAAGCAAUCUCGGACCGGUUGAGGGCACCAGCCUCCGCGCUCGUUACCGCACAUCCCCAUCCGUCUUCAGCUCCCCCGGAGGUAAGGAGGACUACAUUGAUGAUCUGAAGACUUUGGAGAAGUUUUUAUGCCUCGAGGAGGAGAAAAGCCAUCACAGUCAACUAGGAAGUCCAGAAUCAACAUCUCAGAGGAACAGUCCAACGUUCUGGAAUUACAGUCGUACAGUAGGGGAUUACGCACAGAGCCUGAGGAAGUUCCAAUACCAAACGGCCUUCCAGUCACAAGCCCCAUCUGCCCUUAAAGAUGACACCGAACUGGGCUCCAAACAAGCUGCUGAAGAAGUCUGGGCGAGAAUCACAACCAGUCGUGUGGUGACCGAUAGUAUUGACAGCUGGACUGCUAGACUGAGAAACUGGAUAAACGACACCAUUCUCGAACAUCUGGUAAGAGAGAUGGAGUCUGUUAACAGUCAACUCAGGAGAAUGGGUUGCCCUGAGCUGCAGAUUGGUGAGGCCAGUAUCAGCAGUCUCAAACAAGCUGCUGUGGUCAAAGGCUCUGCAAUCCCCACUCUCAAUGCGAUUGUACAAUAUCUAGACAUCACACCUAAUCAAGAGUAUCUGGUGGAGAGAAUCAAGGAAUUGGCCCACAGUGGCUGCAUGAGCUCGUUCCGCUGGAAUGGAGGAGGAGAUCUUAAAAAUCGGAAAUGGGACACAGACCUUCCAACAGACUCCGCUAUCCUUUUGCAUGUGCUUUGUACAUACCUGGACUCCAGACUCCCUCCACAUCCUAAGUAUCCUGAUGGAAAAACAUUUACAUCUCAGCAUUUUAUUCAGACACCAGACAAACCAGUGCUGUCCAAUGAGAAUGUCUUUUGCAUUCAUCAAAGUUGCACGACCCCCCCUCAUUAUCAGCUGGUUUACCAGGGCCACAUCUACAGCUUGCCCAAGGGCAGAAAUAACUUGUUCCACACCAUCCUCAUGUUCCUCUACAUUAUCAAAACCAAGGAAUCUGGCAUGCUCGGGAGAGUGAACCUAGGUCUUUCAAGAGUGAACAUACUCUGGAUCUUUGGAGAUUGAGGUUGUCAUGGCACAAAUGAGAGGACAACACUGCAGUCACCUCUGUAUAUGAUAAUGACUGAUUGUUCUUCCGUUUACAUUGUUCAAUGGUUUUGAGAUGCAUUUGGACUGUAUAAUCAUAACUUGCAACCUGAAUGCAAAUACUUUUUAUCUGUACAAAAAUAUUUUUAAACUUCAACACACAAAUAUUUAUGGCUUUAAACAGUCAAAAUGGAGUUUUUGAUUUUGUAUUUUGUAAAUAUUUUUUCUAGUUCAUUUUCAUAAAAGCUUCAAAUGGAAAAAAAUUAUUUUGCUUUUUGAAAUGAAUGUAACUAAUAUGUGAAAAAUACACCGUAAUAGGGCUAGCUGAAUUAUGGUGGACACUGCAUUUUAUUUUGUUUAAUUUUGAAUGCAAUACAGUAGAUGUUUGUGCUGUUGUUCUCUACCAGGCCAUCCACACUCAGCAGCUGUACACAUGAACAUCUGUUAGAAGUGUAGACAUGCAACAUAAUUAUACAGUAACUCCUUAUAAGGUACAAAAGUAUCAAUUAAUUUAUACAAAGCCUUGAAAUAAUUACUGUUUAAAAGGGACAUUCAUGUUUCAUCUUUUUAAAGUUUGAAAGCCAGUGACCCUGAUCUUGAAUGCCAAGAGACACGAUCAACACUUUUUUUUUUUUUUUGAAUAUUGUAUUGUGCCUGGAAUGAAACUUGACAUGCAAUGACCCUGCUCUUUUGUCUUUGGUUUUUAAAUAAAAAAAAAUG